AUGGAGAAGUAUAGGGAUGGUCAGAGGGAGUUGCACUGUGUGUUUGUAGACUUAGAGAAAGCGUAUGACAGGGUGCCAAGAGAAGAGCUGUGGUACUGUAUGAGGAAGUCAGGAGUAGCAGAGAAGUAUGUCAGAGUGGUGCAGGACAUGUAUGAGAGGAGUAGGACAGUGGUGAGGUGUGCUGUAGGUCAGACAGAGGAGUUUACAGUGGAGGUGGGACUGCAUCAGGGAUCGGCUCUGAGCCCCUUCCUGUUUGCUAUAGUGAUGGACCAGUUGUCAGAGGAGGUCAGACAGGAGUCUCCUUGGACGAUGAUGUUUGCAGAUGACAUUGUGAUCUGUAGUGAGAGCAGGGAGCAAGUGGAGGAAAACCUGGAGAGGUGGAGGUUUGCGCUGGAGAAAAGAGGAAUUAAAGUCAGUCGUAGUAAGACUGAGUACAUGUGUGUGAAUGAAAGGGAGGGAAGUGGAACAGUAAGGUUACAGGGUGAAGAGGUGAAGAAGGUACAGGAGUUUAAGUACUUGGGGUCAACAGUCCAGAGUAAUGGAGAGAGUGGGAAAGAAGUAAAGAAGCGAGUGCAGGCAGGUUGGAGUGGGUGGAAAAAGGUACAGGAGUUUAAGUACUUGGGGUCAACAGUCCAGAGUAAUGGAGAGAGUGGGAAAGAAGUAAAGAAGCGAGUGCAGGCAGGUUGGAGUGGGUGGAUAAAGGUGUCAGGAGUUCUGUGUGAUAGGAAAUUAUCAGCAAGAAUCAAGGGGAAGGUGUACAGGACAGUGGUGAGACCGGCCGUGCUGUAUGGUUUAGAGACAGUGUCACUGAAGAAGAGACAGGAGUCAGAGCUUGAGGUAGCCGAACUGAAGAUGUUGAGGUUCUCUUUGGGUGUGACAAGAUUGGACAGGAUUAGGAACGAGUACAUCAGAGGGACAGCCCAUGUUGGACGUUUGGGGGACAAAGUUAGGGAGGCGAGAUUAAGAUGGUUUGGACAUGUUCAGAGGAGGGAGAGUGAGUAUAUUGGUAGGAGAAUGUUGGACAUGGAGCUGCCAGGCAGGAGGCAAAGAGGAAGGCCAAAGAGGAGGUAUAUGGAUGUAAUUAAUGAGGAUUUGAAGCUAGUGGGUGCAAGUGUUGAGGAUGCAGAAGAUAGGGUUAGGUGGAGAGAGAUGAUUCGCUGUGGCGACCCCUAAAGGGAAAAGCCGAAAGAAGAAG